AGACUCUGCACAUCCUUGGCAAGAGUGUGUUCAGGUGCAAGAAGAAAAUGAAGGCUGCUGCUGUUUUUCUUGUAUUUGCCAGUCUACUUAUUGUUCAUGUCCAAGGACAGGCCAAGACCAGUGUAAGGAGGUGUUUGUGUCAGUCUCAUGGGAUGAACCGUGUUAGUCUACAACGUAUUGACAGGAUUGAAGUUUAUUCUCCUAGUGCAUCAUGUGAAAAUGUCGAAAUCAUAGUUGUUCUGAAGAAUGGUGCAGGGAAAAGAUGUUUGAAUCCUGAAUCCAAAUUUGCCAAGAAUUACAUCAAGAACGCUAUGCAAAGGAGGAGUCAACUUAAGGAAAACAGUUCUCACUAGACCAGGAGGGCAAAGAUCCAAUAAUGGUUAAAGUUUUUUCCAUUAAGCUAGUGUGAUGUGUUACAUUUCUAUUUAUUCAAUAUUUAUGUUUGUUGUUGUGGCAAACACAGUUACUCAUUAGUCAAAUGUUUAAUUUAUUAGUUGUACCACUGGAUAUUGUUGGA